GCUUGUUUAAUUUAUAAUUAGGCAACAAUGUCUUCAGUUCAGUAUUUGAGAGAGUUUGUCAACGAGAGACUAUCUGCUGCUGCUGAAGAAAUAUUCAGAGUUUUUGAAAAGACUAUCGUCGAGUACGAAAAAGAGAUCGAUCGACAGCGAAGACUGUUGGAUGUUGUUUGGAAAACCUGAAAUAAAGUUACACAGGAUAGGUGUGUUACUCUUAAUAAAAUUUUUUUUAGAGGAAUUGAAUUUAUAUAUAAUUAGAAAUUGCUCAAUGCUCGCAUGUCUGCUUUUUAUUCUUUACCAUCACAGUAGUAACUUAUUCUUUCUGUUCUGUGUCCCUCCAGAGCUCCCACAGCAACAUGUCUGUGAGCAGCAGGAGGUGCUCACUGACCAGCAGCUCUGUAUUCAGGAGAGGAACUCCAGUCUGGACCAAGAGGACCCAGAGCCUCCACAGAUUAAAGAGGAACAGGAGGAACUCUGCACCAGUCAGGAGGGAGAGCAGCUUGUACUGAAGCAGGAGACUGAUGACUUUAUGGUGACUCCUACUACUGAGCAAAGUGACCACAGUGAAGAUCAAACUCUGUACUUCAAUCCUGUUGACACUCUAAAUGCAUCAGAGUCUGUAGGCAACGUACAAUUUACAAGCUAUAUGGUAUCAGAACAAAACAGUGACCAGCAGCUCCUCUCUCACAACUCUCAUCAGAAAGAUCCGAAAGUAGGCAAGCAUGUAGACUCCGGCUCAAAUAGAAAUGCAGAGCCAAACUCACAGAACAGACAUCACCAAAGCAACAGUCACAUUAACAAUGUACAUAACCCUACCAUGUCAAAGAUUCACCAUAAUACUCAAACAGGUAAAACGUAUUUCCAAUGUGACACUUGUGGAAAAGCUUUUAAGUAUCAGUCAAGCUUGAUCCCGCACCUGAGAACUCACUCAGGUGAGAAGCCAUACUCUUGCAACACCUGUGGGAAAAGAUUCAGUCAGAAAUCCUCAUUGAAGACUCAUGUAAGAAUUCAUACAGGGAAGAAAUCACAUACUUGCAAUACAUGUGGUAAAGAUUUCAGACUGAUUCGUGACUUGGCAGUCCACAUGAGAAUCCACACGGGUGAGAAGCCAUUUAAUUGCGUAAUAUGUGGGAAAGCUUUCAGACUCAGUGGUGACCUGACAGUUCAUAUGACUAAUAUACACUGGAGAGAGGCUGUAACUUUGCAAGAUUUGCGGGACAAUUGACUCGUAUGUAUUGGAUUUGGCGAAGCAUAUAAGAUACAUGUACUGCAUACACACAUUUGCGCUUACAUCCAGGUUUUUUAAACCAGGAAAUCUCGUUAAAAAUGGGCGAUAGACUCCUUUGUUAUUGCCAGUGGAUGAGUAUGCCUUUGUUAUUUUUCUGAUGUGUCAAGGUGCACUUGAAGCAGGGUUAGUAAACGGUAGAAGGCAGAGUUGGUGAUUGUUGGAACAGUUGAAUGACUAACAAAAACAUGUUUAAUGAGUUUUAUUUUGUUUCUGUUACGUUUGAAUAAAGUGUGUUUUACGACAAACAG